UGUGGGCGUCCAAUCCGUCUGGUUCUCGAGCUCAUACAUGACUUCACUAUCAACGUUACACAAGUUGGGAAACUUCAUAUCUAGGAUUUCGCCGUCGCAAACGUUUGACAAAGAUGACGGAAAGCUCUGCGAACAAGCUGCAAAACGGAGAAGCUAGUCACCGGAACUCAAACGGUAAAAAUUCGAGUAAAAAUGGCUUCGUGAAGAACCACUGCCUGUUUCGGCAGCCACAGAAGUAUCGUCGCCCCAGGGAGACGAACCAAAAUGUCACGCACAACUCCAGCCUGUACAAGAAGCCCUUUGUGGAAUCCUUUGAGGAGACUCCCCUGCUGGUGGCUGUGCUCACCUACAUGGGCUACGGCAUCCUCACCGUCUUUGGCUACCUCCGAGACUUCCUCCGCCACUGGAGCAUCGAGAAGUGCCAUGUGGCUCGGGAGAAAGAGGAGCAGAAGGAUUUCGUCCCCCUCUAUCAGGACUUUGAGAACUUUUACACCAGGAACUUGUACAUGAGAAUUCGAGAUAACUGGAACCGACCCAUCUGUAGUGUCCCUGGUGCUAAGAUGGACCUGGUGGAGAGAGUUUCACAUGACUACAACUGGACCUUUGAGCACACAGGCAGAGUGGUGAAGGACGUCAUCAACAUGGGCUCAUACAAUUACCUGGGCUUUGCUGAGAAUACUGGGGCUUGUGCCGAUGCUGCCAUUGAGGCCACGGAAAAGUAUGGUGUUGGAGUUGCAAGCUCUCGCUGUGAAAUGGGGAACCUGGACAUCCAAGAGAAGCUGGAGCAGUUGGUGGCAAGGUUCCUGGGUCUUGAGUCAUCAAUGAUUUUUGGCAUGGGCUUUGCAACCAAUUCCAUGAACAUUCCUGCUCUCACUGGGAAGGGUUGUCUUAUUCUCAGUGAUGAGCUGAAUCAUGCCUCUCUGGUGCUAGGGGCCCGCUUGUCCGGCUCAACCAUCCGGGUCUUCAAACACAACAACAUGCAAAGCCUGGAAAAGCUGCUGAGAGAUGCUAUUGCUCACGGCCAGCCAAGAACCCACCGCCCCUGGAAGAAGAUUCUGAUCGUGGUGGAGGGCAUAUACAGUAUGGAGGGGUCCAUCGUGCGCCUGCCAGAGGUCGUUGCUCUGAAGAAGCGCUACAAGGCAUAUCUGUACCUCGAUGAGGCCCACAGCAUCGGGGCCCUGGGGCCUAAUGGCAGAGGAGUGGUGGACUACUUUGGCCUGGAUCCCACAGACGUCGACAUCAUGAUGGGAACAUUUACCAAGAGCUUCGGUGCUGCUGGAGGAUACAUUGCAGGCAAAAAGGACCUGAUCAACUUCCUGCGGUGCCACUCUCACAGCGCCCUGUACGCUACCUCCAUGUCCCCCCCUGUGGCCCAGCAGAUCAUCACCUCGAUGAAGAUCAUCAUGGGAGAGGAUGGAACCACACUGGGUGCCGAUCGCCUCAGGCAGCUCUCAGAGAACACCACCUACUUCCGUAGGAAACUCAGAGAAAUGGGCGUUGUCAUCUACGGGAACGAUGACUCUCCUGUAGUGCCUAUGAUGCUCUACAUGCCUGCCAAAAUCGGGGCGUUUGGACGGGAGAUGUUGAAGAGAAAUAUUGGCACCGUGGUGGUCGGCUUCCCAGCAACACCCAUCAUCGAGUCCAGGGCGCGUUUCUGUGUGUCCGCUGCCCAUACCAAAGAGAUGCUGGACACAGCUUUGAAGGCCACAGACGAAGUGGGUGACCUGCUGCAGCUCAAAUACUCCAGACGGGAACAGCCCUUUCCUUCGCUUGGGUGGAUGGCCAAGGAGAGCCUGCUUCAAGAUUGAGCAACAUCCAACACCAACCACUUACCUUUUCUUGCCUAAUUUUCCUAAUUUUCCUCUUCACCAUAUGUCCUUACAUCGGUCUCCGGUCACCAGAACAUCUUCAAACCCUUUUGGAAGCCUUAUAACCAGCACUGCUCAUUAGCCUGUGUGCAGUUUCUGCAGCUGAUUCCACCCACACCCUUCCCAACGUCGUUUCACUGUCCUAAUUUAUUUUGAUUGCAUCACAUCGAGGCCUUUUCCUGUAUGCAUAUUGAACGUGUGUCUUUAUUUGUGCAAUAAUAACAACCAUAAGACCAUUUUUUGCCAUGUGUUCCCUCUCAUGGACUUGGAAAAACAGAGUAAAGAAAACAAUAAAUUGGAUCAGAUUAGUAGCUAUGAUUAAAACAGCAAGAGAAAAUAUGUAAAUAUUAUUUAUCCCAAAGUUGGUAAUGCUACCAUAGGGUAGCAUCUGAAAACCUCCAAUACAGAUGCAUUAUUUCACAGGAGUAACAUUUGCAUACUCCCUAUGUAUUCAUGUGAUGGCUUGUUCUAAUUACUUUUACUUGAACAGCAGAGAGAAUACUGGGUUCUUUCCCUCACCAAAGGAUGUAUACAUAUAGAUGUGUUUUCUACCCUUUUCUCUUACAAUGCAACGCAGAUGUUCCUAUUUAACAGAGAAAGAAUCGCAGGGAUCAACACAAAGGAAUAUUUUUAUUUCUUAUAGAGACUUAUUUACUUGCACUCAAAUGUGAGCACAGUGUCUUAAACAUUUCUAUAAGCUAACGAGCUGCAUGAGUGACCUGUUUUUCUUCUUUUUUCUUUUUUUUUUUUGCUGAGUCCAUGUUGCUUUCAUGUGAAUCUGUGGCACCCCAUGACUUAGAUCUGUAUGUAUGACGAUGUUCCAUUCCUUUACCAUCCCAUCAGUGGCCACACCCUGCGCCCCCCCCCCCCCCCCCACCCCAGGGGGAAACACUGCAUCUGAUUUACAGACCUUGUAUUUAUUCCAAAUGUCUAUUGUAUAGCUAAAAGGCAGCUCAACAUGUGUUUUAACUGAGCAUCUACAUGUCUUAACUUCAGUGCCAGCACUACUGACAGGCGUUCUACAUGCACAGAUGACGUAGUCCCGGAUAUUUGUCAAAUUUGAGUGCGUUUGCUUCAAAUGUUGUUUUUAUUUUUUAACGCUCUAUGACAUUCCAUAUCAACCUGCUUUCAGUGUCACAUGUUGGGUUUGGUUUUUGUCCUUUCAGUGUGAGACCACCCUGAAGAAGGCUGUUAAAUAGUCUGUUCUUAGAGUCUAGCACUCAAUCGAUGUGAACUGGAGUGCAGCCAGUCACAAAGCCGCCGGUUGUCUGGCAAUGUGAUCAUUCCUAUGAGGGUUCUUCAAAGUGACUACCCUCAACUCAAGUUUAAAGAAGCUUUUGUUGAGGGGUUUUUUGCGGCUUAGCAGAGCACAACGGUUUAGCAAUACAUGCUUUGGAAAUGAUCUGCACUGCUAUCGUUGAGUGAGUCAUUCCAAUAUUGUUUUUCUUCAGCAACAAAUCGGAUGCAUUUGUUUUCAAUAAUAGGUUAGCGGAUGAUUAAGCUCUGAAAUAUGCACUCUGACCUAAUGAAAAAAGUUGUCAGUAGCACCGUGCAGUGUCUUAGGUCUCCACAUUUCGGUCUAGAGGCAGUAUGUGUAAAUCCAACGACCUCGUCCCACAUUGGAACAGCAACGAAAGUGAACAGCGAUUAUCAAAAUGUUUGAGUAGCUCGGAGCUCUGACUUUGCGUUGCACAAACACCUGCACACUGACCUACAGUGUCCAUUGGAAAAUGGUUUAUCAGUAGCGUUUGCCCUUGGUAUUGUAUUUGUGUUGAAGAUAAACCACUUGGAGGAGUUUGAAGCUAUGUUUGUUGACUCUGUUUUUGGAAGCAGUGCUACAACGAUUAAAGCACUUUCUUUGGAUCAAG